AUGGAUCAGAUGAAUCUCCUCCCAAACAAUGCCCAGAGGCUUGAAUCUUCCAGAGACUUGUUGCAGACGGCAUCGAACUCCUGGAUGGCUCAUUCUCAUGGCCCAUCUAUAUCGCCAUGGCCGUCUCAACCGUUACCCUUCGGCUCUUUCUACUUUGCGCAGCAGCAAGCUUUCCAAAGACCUGCAGCGGGCGCCCUAGGUCCUACGCAUCCGAUGCAUUCCGGCCAGCAUGGCACGUUGCCUCCUCCAGACCGCAGUGUGCGUGGCAUUCAAGCUCCAGAGUCUUACACUGGGUUGCCUGCAGCGGCAGUUUAUUGGAGUUCAACAAUGCAGCCGAUGCCCAUGAAUAGCUCAGGGGCAAGCAUGAGCUCUGUCCCGAGCACAUUUGAGAACAUGAAUGCAAAUGCAAGAGAUUUGGGACUGCGGCCACCUAUUGCGAUGGAUUGGGCACCCCCCGGUGCGACCUCGGGGACGCAUUCCGUGCCUUUCCCCCAAAUUUCGUCCUCGGAAGGAUUGCCAAAUGCUUCUGGUCAUCCAGUUGGUCCAUCGGCGGCAAUUUCUCAUUUCCCAUUAUCCCCAAUUUCUCCCCGCCGCCCAGGGCAAACGUCAUCGCCGACUUCCUACAGAUCGCACCGAUCACAGACUUCCACCGCCGUUCUCGGCUAUCGUGACAAUAGCAACACUUUGAACCCGGCGUCUGACCGUCGCCGACAAGCGCAUUCUCGAGCCCGACGGUCUAUGGCCUCCAGACAGUCCAACUCUGACCAUAUACGUUCGCAAGAUGACGCCCAAACUCCGCAGAUGCAAGGCGACAACACAGCUUCAAGAUCGAGUCGUCGGGGGAGCCACGGGAUAACCGGUUCGCAAAUGGAGGAUGUCGUGAUGCGGCAAAUGCAAAUGUAUCGCGGUACAGUACAAAGUAAAUUGGUUGCAUCAAAAGCCGCUUUACAAUCUUUGGAAAGCGUCGAGGCUUCUGCACUUCCGGAAUCUGAAAGAACAUGUGUCAUAUGUUAUAACGAUUACGGGGUGGCCAGUCCCGAGGGUGUCAAUGAAGCCCCUCUCAGACUGCCCCAAUGCAAACACAUCUUCGGAGACCACUGCAUUAAGAAAUGGCUUGAGGACUCAGAUAGUUGCCCGUAUUGCCGGAGCAAGCUGCAGUCCGAGCCGAAGCAUUCAUUUGGAACUGCAAGAACGUUUAUGCAGAUGAUGAGGCUUCGAGGAUUGCCCCUCCCUACUGGCAUUUCUGAAGAGAUGAUUGCCAGAGUUGUGAGCAGGCCAGCUGGGGAUUCAGAGCUUCAGGAACUGCUGAUUCGCCCGCAACGUACAGCAGAAAGACGGUCGCCUCCAGACGACGCCUCUGGGCACGACCAUCGCCGAACCCGACAACGUCGCAGUAGUUCGGGAGUGACGGGUGAAAGCCACAUGGAGGACUUGCGAAUGUCGCAGCCUUACAUAUCACCUGACGACCUGCCUUCUGAGCCGUCAUUGCAGCUACCAGGUAGCCAUUCAAAUUCCGGUGAGAACAAUUGGGUUGCUAUUUCGACGCCAGGUACUUUCGUGCCUUCUGGAUCAUUUCAAGGUCAGCUUCCAUCUAGAACUAGCUGGGCAGAACAUCAGCAUACUUCGACCGCCAGUGCGAGGCGGGGAACUGCUACUGAGACUGCCGCCGCAAGACCGACGAGACCUCGAAUGAUUGACCCCCCCGGGACAGUGAUUGCAAAUGGGUCAUCGAUCCCACCACCAACGAUUCUUAACCCGCUGCAAAGACCAAUAAAUCAACGGCGUGCUGGUACUGGCCUGCCCGGCGAUGCAGCAGCAUCAACAACACCAAUAGCAACUCAGUCUAGCACUGCGCCCGUGGCAAACACAUUGUCCGCCGAGGCAGAGUUGUCCCCGCUUCGACCCUCCAGAAAUCGGCCGUGGUGA